AGCAUGUUUACGCUUCAUUUACAGGCCAUUUCAGGAUUUAUAGCAGGCUGGCGAAUGACGUCACUGUUUUUAAAACUGCGUCCUCGAUACAAACAAUGCUUGCUGCUGCUGAUGAUGCAGCAUGGCCAUGCUUUACUUCCUUGUAAACAUAUCGUUGUAUUCAUUUAAAGGGACAUCCUCGCGUUUCAUCAGUGGCUUAAUUGUUAUUAAAUAAGGAAUAUGCUAUCUGGUAUUUAAAAGCAAAGCGUAUGCUUUCGACGUUGUUAUUGUGGUGACGUCAUCCAGUCAUCGAAGGGCUUUAAAGGAUGCUGAGUGCAUUGAUAUGGCACUGUGUGCAGUCCCUAGAGAUUAUAUUAGUCUAUUUUUACGAGCAUCCCUCGCACUCUAAUGAUGAUGAUGAUAGAUUAAGUCAUAGCUAGGGCCCUCCACACCCUGAAAGAAGAGAAACAUCCGCAGUUGAAAAGAUGGCACCGCCAACUGUCCCGCUACUUCCUGAUAAGAGAAGUGUAACAAAUGGUCACUGUUCACCCGCCCGAGCUGGAAAAACAACUCCAGCUAACAUGGAGAAGAAGCCUCUUCUAAAUGGAUAUGCAUCAUCUUCACACUUGGUUGCUAACGUCAGUAGCAACCAUGUGGGCAAACCAAUCAUUGAAGGUUUCUUGAAGACCGAUGACAGGAUGCGUUUAGCCAAAGAGAGACGAGAGGAGAGAGAGAAGAGCCUUGCGGCACGGGAGCAGCUGAUAAGGGAGAAGGAGCGACGAUCUCAGUUGCAGUAUGAGCGCACAGUGGAGGAGCGCUGGAAGCGCCUGGAGGAGCAGAAACACAAAGAAGAACUCCGCAGGGCAGCUGUGGAGGAGAAGCGAAGGCAGCAGCUGGAGGAGGAGAGGGAGCGGCUGGAGGCUCUGAUGAGACGCUCUCUGGAGCGCAGCCUACACUUGGAGCACAGACACAAACGCUGGAGCAGAGGCUGCCCCACAGGAGCAGGUGACAGUGAGAAUGCACCGCACUCUUUCUCUGCUGCCUCCGCCCUUUCCCAUGGUCUUGCCUCCCCUCUUCCUGCUGUCAGCGAAUCUGCACCCUGCAGCCCUCGCAGGUCUCCUUUGUGCACCUCACGGAGCCCUGCGGAUUCCCAUCGAGCAACAGGAGUCCUGGAAGGCUCCCGAUCUACGCCCAACACGCCCAAGAAAGAGCGUCUGCAUAGGGAGAGAAGAACUGCCUCCCCACGUUGUGGACUCAUGGUGAGAAGAUCUGAAUCUCCUGCCCAUGUCAUCAAACAGUUGACUUCUACAACUACCUCCAAGCUGGCUUCUAAGACGCGCACGCAGUCUCCCAGCUACAUCCAUGAGUACCACCACUCUCCCACCAGACAUCGGCUAACCAAUGACAAGAAAAGUGAAGAUAAAAAGACGGAAAAACACAACAAACACUCUGCAGGCAAAAACAACCACCACAUCCCCAAUGCAGCUGACAUCUCUAAAGCCAGAUCCUCCGAAAACCUCAAAGGUGACACACCAGAGAAAAAAGGGGAUUUUUCACAGAAGAAAACAGAAACUAUCACUCUCGACGCAGAGAAGAAAAGAGAAUCCUCGCCAUGCACAGUCACAGGGAAGAUGGCAGCUAGUAUAACCAAUGCAGAGGAGGCAAGCAGGCUGUUAGCGGAGCGUAGACGCCAGGCCCGGGCGCAGAAAGAACUGGAGGAGAAACAACGAGAGCAAGCGGAUGAAGAAAGGCUGAAAGAAGAACAGCUGAGAAGGCAACUCGCGCAAGAGCAACGGCAGCAGCGAGAGCCCAAGGACAGGGAGAAGAGUGGUGCAGAAGCGGAUAAAACAAAACAAGAAGGGGACACACAACAGCAGGUUGUGCAUGAGAAGGAAUUGUUAGAGAGAGAAAAGGCCAAAGUUCAAGCACAAGAAGAAGCUGAGCGCCAACGUCUAGACAGAGAACAUCAGGCGCAACAGGAAGAGGAGGAGAGGCAGCUAAGGAAAAAGAGAAUCGAGGAGAUCAUGAAGAGAACGAGGAAAGGGGAAGCUGACGUGAAGGAUGAACAGGUGGAGACCAAGUCACCACCAGGGGAGGGGAAAAUUGUUCUCACUGAAGCUCAGGAAUACUUUAAAGAGUAUGAAUACCAGGGCAAAAGGCAGGGUGAGAGGAAAAAAGACACUUCAGCACAGCUGGACCAGCAUGUUCACAACAGCACUCAACAAGUGAUGCCAGCUCACAAUGUUUCUGAUAAGAGGCCGGAAAUGAAGGCCAUGCUCAAACAAAGGGAGGUGCAGGUGAAUAAGCAGCCUAAAAGGAACAUCAUAAAAGCCAUAGAUCUAUUCCAACAAACAGCAACAAAUGAAACAGAUGUCAACGGUAAGAAAAAGGAGAUGAAUGGAGUGGCCAGGGAUUCAGGAACUGUCCCAAAGAAAGAUACUGUGACAACUGAGGUAACCAAACCGCAUGUAGCGUCCUCCGUAAGCAGAACUGAAGGAGCUCGACAGCCCAGAUCACCACCAGUCAUACAUCUGGAGUCGCUGGAGAUGCAGCCCAUGGACAUAAGCCCAACUUCCAAGGAGGAAUUGAUUUCCAUCCCAGAAUUCUCACCGGUUAAUGAAAUCCAACACUGCGGUAUAAAUAACACCCGGGCUCUCCAGGAUCUGAUGGACCUGACAGGCAGCAUCACUUGUUCGAAAGUAACCUCUCAAGGCAACAUAGGUGACUGCAACAAAAAUCUGAUCGAGGGGGUCGUCAGCCCCAUGACGGACUCUAAGGUCAUUGGAACGUCGCCUCCAUCCUCAAAUCAACUUAGCAUCCAUUAGUGUAACCAUAACGUAACCAUAACCAUAAACCCUUGCAGCUUUACAGUAUUCUAGUAGGGUGGAUAUUUAUGAGAAUAUAUCAGAAUGUUCUAUACUCCUUUUUCCAUGAUGAUGUCAUAUUGAGCAGAAUAAUGAAGCAUUGUAUGUAUCCAGCUCAACUUCCCAUAGCAAUCAUGGUUUUAUUUAGACAGCUAAAGUUCCAUUUUGGGACUGUUGCCUUUAGUGAAGUUGAUUUUCAAUUAGCAACUUCAAGCUUGCUGCUCAUGUUUAGAGUACAGUAUUCCAAUACAUUCUCAUCAUUGUCUAUAUAUUAUACAGUCAGAAACUUUAUUCAAUUCAUAUCUAGUUGUGGAAAUUAGACUCCAAUGCUGCAGUUAGCCACUGUGCUUCUUUCCUGUGCUAGCACAACUCAUGAAAUAAACCAUUCUUACUGUCUUAAAAUGUAGAAAUGCCUAAUGGAGGGAUACAUAAGAUAUUGUAUAUUUGCAAUUUGUUGUUUGUGUUUUUAAUUUUCUUUCUGUAUGUCCUGUAUGGACCUCAUUUGCUGUUCCUGUACAUGUUAUUGUGUCGCCUUAUGACAUUUAUUUUCAGGAUGAAAUAUUUUGUUUUGAAGACAUGUUGAACUAAAAGAGAAAUUAGUCUGAUAUUUCAAAACAAUCUCACUGUAAAGUGAAAUUAAAGCUUCCACUAUAGUUGUGCAUGGUUAGCAUGAUCAUAACAAUCUCAAACAAUAAAAUGUUAAAUGGUCAAUUGAAGUUGUUAUUGUUCAAACACUCUUACUCUAAAGACAGAGGUGUCCUUUUCCACCGCAUAGAGAAAAAAAAUGGCCCUGGAGGGCACUUAAGUUGCAAACACAGGUGCAAUGUAGGUCUA